CAGGCAGUUUUUCUUUGGGAUACUUCGGCAAAAGAAAAAAAAAAAAAAAAAAACGUCGGCAGCCAUGGCGUCCAGCGCUCGGGUGCCGCCCAUGCCCAGCUCCCGCAUCCCGCUGCCCUUCUCCCCGGAGGAGUACGCGGGGCGGCUUCAGCGCGUGCGGGAGGGCAUGCAAAAGGAGCAGCUGGAUCUCGUGGUUCUCACGGAGCCGGAGAACAUCUUUUACCUCACUGGGUACCAGACCGUCGGAGAGCCCCAGAUCCAGGCGCUGCUUCUGCCGGCGGAAGGGGCGCCGAGUUUGGUGACGCGGCUGCUGGAGGUGACCAACGCCACCUUCCGCAGCAACCUGCAGCCCCAGAACCUCCACGUCUAUGCGGACUUCGAGAGCGGCAUCGACAAGGUCUGCGAGCUGCUUCAGAGCUUCCAAGUCUCGCGCCUGGGCUUGGAGAUGCAGAGCCGGCGGCUGCUGGCGCGGCACUGGACCAAGUUGGAGGCAUUGGCGAAGACCAAGGGGAUGAAGCUGUGCGAGGCCUCGCAUUUAGUGCCGCGCCUCCGCUUAGUGAAGACUCCCGCGGAGCUGGCGGUGCUGCGCCGCGCCUGCGGCGUCUGCGCGGCAGGGGUGCUGGCCGGCCAGGAGGCCUCGGCCGGGGAAACGGAGACGGAGAUCGCUGGCAAGGCGUACCAGGCCAUGGCCAAGGUGGGCGGGGAGUACCCGGCCUUCCCGCCCUUCGUGUGCAUCGGCCAGAACGGGUGCCUGGGCCACUACCCGGGCUCCAGCAGUGGCGGCGUUCUCCGGGAGGGCGAGGUGCUCUUCCUAGAGAUCGGGGGCUGCUUCGAGCGCUACCACGGCGCCAUGAUGAGGACCUGCUUCGUGGGACAUCAGCUGCCGCCUUUGCUGCAGCAGGCCGAAGCGGCGGUGGUGGCGGCGAUGGACGUGGCCGCCAAGGCCAUGAAGCCCGGGGCCAAGGCCAAGGAGGUGGACCAGGUGGCCCGCGCCGCCUUGACGCGGGCGGACAAGGCCUGGACCAUGUCCCUCCGCUCGGGCUACUCCAUCGGCAUCGGCUUCUACACGGACUGGGGGGAGGCCGAGCACUUCAAGAUGGACCCGGGCUCGGAGCAGGUGCUGGAGGAGGGCAUGGUGAUCCACUUGAUCCCCUGGGUGCAGGUGCCGGAGUACGGGGGCGUCGGCCUGAGCGACACGGUGCUGGUGACCAAAUCCGGUGCGGUCUCCCUCUUCGAGAAGCAGAUCCCCCGGAAGAUUCGCCUGAUCCCUCCACCCGCUGAGCGGCCCUUUGGUCCGGAGCAGGCACAGAGGGUGCGGCGAGUCUUGGGCUUAGAGCCCACACCCCUGGUGAAGCUGGAGCUGAAGGACUUCGAGGGCCUGAAGUCGGUCUAUGUGAAGGACGAGUCCAAGCGGAUGGGCCUGCAGGCCUUCAAGGUGGUCGGGGGCGCCUACGCCAUGCUGCGCUUCAUGUGUAAGCGGCUGGCGCUGCCGCUGCCCGAGGGAGCCAAGGGCGCCGAAGAGGUGCAGCGCCUCUACGUGGAGCGCUUCGGGGCCACGACCUUCGUCACCGCCACGGACGGAAACCACGGCCGCGGCGUGGCCUGGGCGGCCAGGAAGUUCCGGCAGAAGGCGGUGGUCUACAUGCCGAAAGGAUCUGCGCAGCAGCGGCUGCAGCAUGUGCUGGACCUCGGGGCACAGGCGGAGAUCACGGAGUUGAACUACGACGACACCGUGGAGAUGGCCUUUAAGCAGGGCCAAGACCAGGGCUGGGUGGUGCUGCAGGACACCACCGCGCCCGGGUACACGGAGAUCCCCGAGUGGAUCAUGCAGGGCUACACUGCCAUGGUGGACGAGGCGGUGGAGGCUACGGAGAAGGAGGGGUCAAUCACCCAUGUGGUGCUGCAGAUGGGUGUGGGCUCCAUGGCAGCGGCGGUGGUCGGCUACUUCACCGCCCGCUUCGGGGUGUCCAACGGAAGCCCUUCUCAGUGCCCGCGGUUUCUGGUGAUCGAGCCCUGGAACGCCGCCUGUGGCUUCGAAUCGGCGAAGGCGGGGGAGAUGAGGAGCGUGGAGGGAGACCUGGAGACCAUGGUGGCCGGCUUGGCCUGCGGAGUGCCCAGCAGCCUGGCGUGGCCGGUGCUGGCGGAGUUUGGGCAUGCCUUCCUGCGGCUCAAGGACGGCCUGGCCGGAAACGGCAUGCGCCUGCUGCGGCAGUCGGGGGUGGAGGCCGGGGAGUGUGGUGGCGCCGCGUGCGGGGUGCUGCAGCAUCUCAUGAAGCCCUCCUGCGCGUCGUGGCGGGAGGAGCUGGGCUUGAACUCCGAGAGCAAAGUUCUGUUGAUUAACACCGAGGGGGCCACGGACCCCGCGAAUUAUCAGCUUCAGAUGACGCUUCCAGACGUUGAGGGCCCAGAGCUAUUGGAGAUGGUUCUGGGCCCCGCGCGGAAAGCGUCGAACGGAGCGAGUUCAUCUUCUAAGCGCCAGCGAGUUGCGUAAAGUUAGGACUGAGUAGAACCAACUGACUGAUGCUCAGACA